AUGAAGCGAGUGCUGGCCAAGGAUCUCUCCGCCAACGUGCUCAAGCUGCCGCGGCUGCCGAUUCCGUCGCUCGAGCAGACGGCGGAACGGUACCGUGCCAGCAUUCUCCCGCUUAAGCCGACGGAGACGGCGAAGGCCCACUUUUUGAAGUUUGACAUGUUUGUCAGCAGCUCCGGCGCGACGCUGCAGAAGGCGCUCGUGGCGGCCGACAAGGCGGCAGAGGCGGAGGGCGGGUAUCCGUACUCCUACAUUGAACCCAUCUGGGACCGCAUGUACUUGUCUAACCGCGCCCCGUUGCCUGUGAACACAAACCCGUCAAUUCUCAUCAAGAAGGUGCAAAACAUGGGGGAGACACAGGCCAGCGUUGCCGCCACCCUCGUGUGCGGCAUCGCCAGGUGGGUACGGAACGUCCUGAAGGAGGGUGUAGAGGUGCGUGGCGCAGACAUGGACCUGUCGCCGCUGCUGCGCCAGCUUGGAGCUUCAUUGUUUCCAGGCGAGAAGGCGGAUGAAUUUCACACCACGCCAUUGGAGAAGCUGCGCCAUAUUAUUGUGUUGCAUGAUGGCCAUCCCUAUACGGUCCGUGUUUUCGAUGAUCAACAGGUUCCACUGGAGCAGACCGUCGUUCAACAGUGUUUGGAGUACAUUCUUUCCAUUACUCCGGACACGGACAACACGACACCGGUCUCGGUGCUCACCGCCGCCAACCGCGAGGUAUGGGCCGGCGCCUACGCGGAACUAGUCAAGACUCCAGUUAACGCGGAGACCCUGCAGAAGGUACACGAGGGUAUGGUGGUGCUCUGCUUGGACUCCAACAAGUGGCACAACGAGGACCAGUUAAAGAAUGGAGCAAUGCUGCACGGAAACAAGGAGGAGGCGGAGAACAGGUGGUAUGACAAGCACCAAAUUAUUGUCUCCGCGGAUGGAGAGGUGGCCUUUAACUUUGAGCACGCCGGAAGCGACGCGGUGCACUGGGCACGCUGGAUCGGUGACGUUUUGCAGGACAUUGAACAGAGUGCCCCGGCCCCCACGGCCGCCGCGGUUGAUGCGACGCAGGUCACCGCAUUGGUAGAGCCCCUCCGCGUCACAUUUGGCAAGGCAUUUGCGGGGCACAUCCGCAGUGCCCGCACGGAGGCGUUGGACCUCAUCGCGAACACCGCCUUGGGGCACCUGCACCUGCCCUUUGGCGCAGCCCAGCUCAAGCAACUCGGGGUCAGUCCAGACGCGUUUGUGCAGAUGUGCUUCCACGUGGCUUUCCACAAGUGCCGCAAUAAACUCGCGCCCACCUACGAGGCCGCCUCCACCGCCCGUUUUUUUCACGGCCGCACCGAGACAAUUCGCUCCGCCACGCAGGAGAUGCUCAAGUUAGCAGAGGCCGUCAACAGGGAGACGAAGGAAGACGCGGCGCCGGACGAAACGGGGCGAGGGGCGCUCCUGGCGCUUAUCAAGGCGGCCUCGGAGCGCCACGUCACACUCGCCCGGGCGGCCUCUAACGGCGAGGGCGUUGACAGACAUCUGACGGCGUUGAAUCGGCUGGCCGUCGAGCGCGGCGACAACACCGCCCUCAACUUUUUCAACGACGAGGCGUACAAGACCUGCUGCAAGUGGACACUUAGCACGAGUAACGUCUCGUACCCGUGGAUGGAGCGCCUUGUCUUUGGCCCUGUGACCCCCAACGGCUACGGCCUCGGCUACGUCGUGGACGAGGACGAGGUGCGCAUCAUGCUCUCCGCCUUCACCCGCAGCCCGUCGACGAACGUAGAGGAUCUGAAGGCCGCAAUUCAGCACUCCGCGACGCGUCUCCACCAGGCCCUGUCCGCGGCCAAACCAUGA